AUGGUCGAGGAAGAACGCGCUCUGUCUAGCAACGGAGAGACCACGAAGCACAAAGCUAAUCUGGUCCGCAACAAGAAUUCUCGCAACCAGCAUGGCCCGCGCCCGGAUCACGUUCAGAAGAACCGUGAGAAGCAGAUGUUCUCCAAUAUGUUGAAGAAAGAGAUGCCGAGUCUGAUCCAGCAAGCCGCUGCGAAUCUGAUCGCGCAAAAUCCGAACUUGACCCAGAAUCACACUGCUGGUAGCAAUGACGACAGUCAUGCGGCCAAUUACGCAGGAGAUUCCAAGUGGUGUUCGAAUUGCAAUUCGGAAUCCCACAACACCAAGGAUUGCUGGUACAAAAACGGCAAUAAGGUCAAUAACAAGUCUUCCAAUAAGAAUUCCGGUAAGGGUAACAACACGAAUACUGUUCGCAAGGGCAACGACAAGCCGAAGGGUGGAGGUAAGAAAGGAAAAGGAAAGAAGGGUAGGAAAUACUGAGUCUUAGA